CAGAGAGAGCCAUGCUAUGUCUAAAUCUGAAGCACAGGAGGGGCCAAGGAUAGAAGCAGUUUAUACACUAGAGGAGUCCUUUGACCAGGAGUGGUGUGCAAGUCUAAAACAGGUUACAGAGCUGACAUGUGUUAAAGAUGAAGAGGUCUCUCGACUGGAAUGUGUUACUAUUAAAGAGGAAUUCAUAGAACAGGAAUGUGCCCCCAUCGCAGAGGAAGUUCCUACUGAAAAUAAUGUCUGUACACUUGAGGAGAACAAGAAGCUGGGAUCCAGUCUGUAUGAUGAUUGUCCAUCUGAAUGUGAACUGGGAUUUAGAGAUGGAGAACACGACUCCACUCCAUCACCCCACUGCAAAAACUCUUCUAGUGGCAAACCUCAGAGCAAGAAACACAGAGACAUGACACCCCAAGAAAAUGCAAUUAAAAAAUUGAGAGCGCACAUAGUUAAAAUUCCUUUCUUACAAGAGAGCCAACCACAUACUCUGCAGAGUACAGAGGCUGCACAUUCUGUGUGUGUGAACAACUCUGAAACCCGGGGCAACUUGAAGACCUUGCCUUGUUCUGCUAAAGCUGGGAAGAGUUCCCGUCAAUUAGGAUCUCCUAAAACUCACAAGGGAAAUCGCACAGGAAGGGCUCCAUUUUUCUGUGCUGAUUGUGGGAAGAGUUUCAGUCCAUCACAGAUUAAAAGACACCAGCGUGUUCACACAGGAGAGAAACCGCACCACUGUAAUGAAUGUGAGAAGAGGUUCUCGCGACUAGAACAUCUUAAAAAACACCAGCGAGUUCACACAGAUCCCAAAGAGAGCCAUGCUAUGCCUAAAUCUGAAGCACAGGAGGGGCCAAGGAUAGAAGCAGUUUAUACACUAGAGGAGUCUUUUGACCAGGAGUGGUGUGCAAGUCUAAAGCAGGUUACAGAGCUGACAUGUGUUGAAGAGUUCCCUCGACUGGAAUGUGUUCCUAUUAAAGAGGAAUUCAUAGAACAGGAAUGUGUCCCCAUCACAGAGGAAGUUCCUACUGAAAAUAAUGUCUGUACACUUGAGGAGAACAACAAGCUGGGAUCCAGCCUGUGUGAUUAUUGUCAAGCUGAAUGUGAACUGGGAUUUAAAGUAGAAGGAGAACACGGCUCCACUCCAUCACCCCACUGCAAAACCUCUUCCAGUGGCAAACAGCAGUGCAAGAAACACAGAGACAUGACACACCAAGAAAAUGCAAUAAAAACAUUGAGAACUCACAUAGUUAAAAUUCCUUCUUUACAAGACAGACCAACACUUACUCUGGAGAGUACAGAGGCUGCACAUUCUCUGUGUGUGAACAACUCUGAAACCCGGGGCAACUUGAAGACUUUGACUUGUUCUACUCAAGGUGGGAAGAGUUCCCGUCAAUUAGGAUCUCCUAAAACUCAUAAGGGAAAUCGCACAAGUGGGACUCAAUUUCUCUGUCCUGAUUGUGGGAAAAGUUUCAGUCUACCACAACUUAAAAGACACCAGCGUGUUCACACAGGAGAGAAACCAUACCACUGUAAUGAAUGUGAGAAGAGGUUCUCUCGAUUAGAACAUCUUAAAAAUCACCAACGAGUUCACACAGGAGAGAAACCAUACCACUGUAAUCAUUGUGGGAAGUGCUUUACUGAAUUAAGUACUCUAAAAAAACACGAAAGAAUUCACACUGGAGAGAAACCACACCGCUGUAAUGAAUGUGGCAGGAGUUUCACUUUACCAGGGACCCUUAAAAAACACCAACAAAUUCACACAGGGAAGAAACCCGGAAUGCUGAAUAGUGGUAUACCUUAAAACCAGAACAUUUCCUGUGUGAUUGGAACACCUUUUAGAGUAAAAAAAAUCUUUUAACACACUAGCCUCUCUAAUAUAAAAACAAGUAUAUUCCUUCACAAAGACUCAUCAUAAGUGUUUAUACACAUGCCUACAUUUAAACAGACCAAAGGAUAACAUUCCGGUCAGAUAUCAGAGCUUCAAACAAAACUGACACUUUUAACACAUUCCAAAGAGGGAGACACUGUUUUACACCCUCACUGGUAAGAGAAAGACAUCCCAAGAUGUUUAUCUUGUGGGAGAUGUUGCUGGCCGAUAUCCCAGUGAUUGAGAAGGCAAACGUUAAUUAAGCCAUAAACGUGCCAGGACUAGUUGGGUUUGUUUCAAUCUAGGGGCAGGUCACAAAAUCUAUCUCUAUAUCUCUAUCUCGAGAGAUCCUCUUUAAAAAACAAAACAAUAAUGAUAAUAGAAUGUUUAUAUGAUUGGCUGUCACGUGUCGUCCCAUCUGCUGGUAAUAAAAGCCAUGCAUUUUCCAUAGAGAAGGGUGAAUUUUCACCAUUUCCUGUCUGCGUUACCACAGUAACUGAUGCCUAUAUUUGGAAACUGUUCGCCAACUGGUAAAAACAGUUUAAAACCAGGAACUCAUUGACCUGCUAAAUGUUUUUUCUUAACCGGGAGUAAAAGACUUUUGCAGUGCUACAAAGAUAACACCCAUGGGUAACUACUGUAGUAAAAAAGCUUAACAGAUCGAUCAAUCGGCUGUUUGCACCUCGUUACUGAGUGAUUACCCCUGUACUGUACCUUGCCUAUUUAAUCCCUGUACGCAGUGUCAAGUUUAUUUACAGUUUGAAAAAAAACAGCACUGACUGCAACAGCUAGCAAGCAUGUCUGGAAAGAGAAAAGCGAUGAGCAUCAGCACAAAAAUUCAGUGUACAUAAAAUGUCUCUGUUCGAUGCUGUGCGCUUGCUAAAGCAUGCUUGGAACUGUCAGUCAGCAAACAAUGCAACGUUGUUUAAAAAAGCUGGGGACAAUGUAGGAAUGAACCUGAUUGAUUAUGGACGGGGAAGGGGACAGGAGUGCUCUGUAAAUGUGUGUUUGUAAACUGUUGUUCUUGUUCACAUCUGUUGGCGUUCUCUGUGUGUUUUGGUGCUUGUGGAAAUUAAAGCGUAAAGACUGUGUGUGUGAGUGCGUCACUGAGGGGGGUGGGAGCAGGUCUGACACGACCAGUCAGAGAUACGGGGGUGUUGGACCAAUAAGUGAGGAAGGGGGAGGCACUUGGGGGUGUGUGGAGAUGACAGUGUGAAAGACAAGCGGGAUCUUGCAGCGGGAGAAUUGAGAGAGCUGAGAGGUUGAAUUUGUGAGUGAGAGGAGAGGAAUGAGAGCCAUUGUUCACUAAAAGCUCAAAAAAUAUUUACAGUGGUUUCCUACUGCUUUGAACUGCAACUGUUGACUGUCUCAUUGUAUCCUGGAAACCCCACAGCUCAGCACUGCAAUCCCCAGUAAUGUUGUUGAAACUGACACCCUGGGAUCCUUCAAGAAGCUGAUUGAUGAGAUUCUGGGAUCAAUAAGCUACUAACAACCAAACGAGCAAGAUGGGCUGAAUGGCCUCCUCUCAUUUGUAAACUUUCUUAUGUUCUUAUGUUCUUAAUAUGUAAAUAAAUCCUGUUUGCCUGCGGGGGGCGUAUCAACUUCAACCUCUGUCUCGGUCUCCUGCCUGUCACUCAGCAGUGAAUGCACGCACCCACACUGCAGACGGCUACUCCGUCACAAGCAUUAAUACCCUGUAUCUUUCUAAACAAGGGAUAAAAGCUGAUAAAAGCUGAAUCUCUAAAUAAUAAUAAUAUAGUAUAGUAAUUGUUACAGCUGUGUAUAAUGGUAUUUAAAACAGGAUUCAUUUAUCUGCCUUUUUACAUAUCUGCCCUUACUUUGGUCUCAUCGCAGUCGGAUACGCAACGGAUUGCUGUACUUUAUUACAUUCAUAAGUUUUCAUCUUUUUCAUUAGUAUAAUGAGUGUCUUAAUAAAGAUUUUU